AUGUUUAAGUAAUCUAAAUAAGUAAGUCCAUCCCUCUAUCCUUAGAAUCCAUAGAAUUCUUUCAAUAAACUAUUCAAUGUAUAAACUUCUGCAACCUAAAAACCAAAAAUUGAUGUUGUGUCUAGAAUAUCAAAACCCCUCCAGAAUAUAUCCAAUGUUCCAACUCGUAGAUAAGAGGAUUAAACCAAGAAAACCUAAGCAAAAUCCCCUUUAAAAUAGACAUUUCAAAAGAACUCUCAUCGAAAUAAAUCAUGCAUAUAAAAUUCGGAUGAGAAACUCAUUCCAAAAAUGAAUGAGAAGGAAAAAUCUCCCCUCUAAAAAAGCAUUAAGACAUCUGAAUUGUCAUAAUCUGAAAGGCCAUUGACACAAUAAUAAUAGCCAAUUGAUUCAAAAAGUAAUGAACCAAAUUAACAAAUUACAAAUGUAUAAAGUGACAUGAAAUCAUAAUAGAAUUUAAAUCAAUAAGAGGUUCCUGUUUUAUAAAAAUAAUAAUCUAAGCUUUUAAUUUAAUCUAAUUAACCAAAAUCUUUGAAUAAUUAAUAAUAAUAAUAAAAAUUAAGUAGACCAAAAACCGCAACACAGUCUUAAUUAUAAUUGAAAUAGACAACCCAUUAAGAUUAAUAAGUAAAGCCUACCUAAUAGCAUUAAUUAACAAAGACAAUCCAUUAAACAAAGUCAUAGGAAACCUUGAAUAAAAAAUAAGAACAACCAAUCAAAACUAGAUAGCAACAAAAAAUUUUAAAAGGGGAAUUGAGAUUCUAGGAUAAACUUUACGAAUGUACAGAAGGGUGUGGAAGAUCAUUUAAUGCGUAUGCUUUAGAAAGGCAUUCUAAGAUUUGCAAGAAGGUGUUUCAGCAGAAGAGAAAGGUGUUCAAUUCUUCGAAGUAGAGAGUGAUAGAUGUGGAGAAUAAUGGACAAGGGAGAGGAAUUCCAGUGAAGAGGCAAUUGCAAAUGCAGACAACAAAAGAAGAGUAGAAGUAAGGGGAGGUGAAAAAUGAGAAACCGAAUUGGAAGGCUCAGAGUGAAGCCUUAAGAGCGAUAAUUAGAUAGGCUAAGGGGCGGAAAUUGGGGGAGGAGGUAUCGUUUAGUGAGGGUGGGGAGAGUGUUGAGGGUUUGGUGUAAGACAGGAUUUGCAGCAGGAAGUUUAGUGUGGAGACGGUUAGGCAACAAGGAGUAUUUUGGGAGAGAAAAGCACAAGAGUGUGGAAAGAGUGGGAUGUAAAAGAAAAAGAAAUGA